UGUAUCAGCAAACAUGUGCUUGUGUUUACAAAAUUAAAUGAUUGAAGACUCUUUCAUAAAUGUCCCUGUUUUAUGAAAAAUGAACGAUCUACAACGACAACCUUUGCAGUCGGAGAUCCGACGUAUAGCUCGGGAAAUCGAGAACGGGUUGUCAUGUGACAAAGUUAAUCAGAAUUAUGUCGAAAUGUUGAUGAAAUUUAAAGAAUUUGUAUGUGAUGUAGAAUUUUCGCGUUUAAAACACAUUGAGGGCAUUGCUAGUUCAGAUUUAGCAAGAGCUAAACGUGUCUUUCGACAGUUUCACUAUUCGAGAUGUUGCAGUCGCCUGCUGAAUUCCCUGUCCGUUGAAGUAGUAUCCAAGUAUUCGAAAGCAAACGUACAAUCAUUAGAGAGGAUCUUCAUGGAUGGACCUGCUACUCAAGCUAUAACAGUUUUGUGUACAACUAUUUCUAAAUCGGGGCUUGGUUUUAAACUUCAUAAGUGUGUGUCUUUGUUGGAAACAUUGUUGACUGAGCAUAAGCUGGCAGAGAUAUUCUGGGAACAGUCUGUACUCCCUCUGCCUGAAUAUAAUGACCUGCAGCUACAGGAUCAGCUGACAACCACCAUUGUGUCUCUACCAGAAACUGUCACCAACAAACUCCAGAAGGAAACAGGUGAAAUGUUUUACCCUCAAAGUUACGUGCCGCUGGUGUGUGGAGACAUCUACAGGACUCUGGAGAAGGCACGAGGGUGUCUUGUUGCCGGUAGCGAUUGUUCCUUGGAGUUUGUCAGCAAGGUGCUGGGGAGAUUGGCACUUGCGGGGCAUGCAGAUCGUGUUUGGGGAUGCUUGCUACCGCUGCUAUACCCAAAAGUACACUCAGAUUACAUCUGGUGCCGGGUAUGUGAGAGAAUCAUCACUGGGGUUCCAACACGAUGUUUAGAAAGUGCGCUCACUCCCUUCCUCAAACAACUACCUUGGUAUGGUUUAGCUGGGAAGUUCCUUGGUGAUAGCAUUGUGAAGAACCUCACUAUACAGAACUUGCUGUGUACAAAGUUACUAUUUCACAGACACUUUCACCAGAUUCUUGUAGUGCAGAAUAUCAUAGGCUACCUGGCAACCUCACAUACGAGACGGAAACUCUAUUUAAAGGUGUUACUAUCCCUGCUGGAGGUGUGAGGGGAUGCCAGUAGUAUCAAGCACACAUCUAUCAAGCACACAUCGUACGAGCAACACCACUACAUCUCCCAGGCAGUCCUCAUCUGUGUGGGACAUCUCAACCUCCAGGAGAAGGAAACAUACAAGGAUGAGCUUGUGCGUCUCCUGAUGCCUGGAGUGUCGUGUCAUAUCGGCCACUCUGACCCGAAGAUGAGGAGGCUAGGCAUGAAAGUGGCUGAGGUCCUGACCCGCCAUGUGGAUCCAGGGGGACCACAGCUCAACUUCCAGUCCGAGAGUGAUGCCGAGAUUGCUGUGGAGAUUGAUGCGUUACUGGUGGCAACCGCUAUACCUGAGGAACCUAGUAUAGAGGCACUGGACAGGAUGUUGGGGAAGACAGUGAUAUCCGAGAGCCUCCCGCUUCCAGCUGCUGCCCCGAGUGAAGCUUCCCAGCCACCACAGUCAGUGGUGGACUCCGACCUGGACAGUGACGAUGACCUCCAGCCUUUUGACAUGUCGCACGAUGUAGUCCAGACCAAGGUGAAGGCCCCCAAGUAUGUGCGUGACUGUAUGGAAGGCUUGAUCAGCACAGAUGAUGUUGACAGAGUGGAUGUGUGUCUCCAGGAGGCCGAGACUCUCAUCAGGAGGAAUCCAGAUGGGCUUCACGAGAUAGCUGCUGAGUUCAGCAAGGUGCUGCUCCACCUCAGUGACAGCGCCAGCUACAGCGGUUUCAUCACCAGACGCUUUGCUGCAAUGGUGGCUCUCGCAGUCCAGUGUCCCAAACAGGUGGCUGACUUUCUUACACAAGAGUUCUAUGAGAGGAACUACAACCUAAGGCAGAGGAUGGACAUUCUAGAGGUUGUUGUUGCUGCAGCCACGGAGCUGUCUAAACCGUCUCCAUCCUUUGAGCAAGCAGCACACCGUAAGGUGGAGGAGAUGCCGCACUCCAGCCAGGCUGAUGGUGCUUCAUGGAGGGAUAUCGUGGAGAAAAGGAUAGAAUCCAAGACGCGAAGGUUUGCCAGAGGCCGCUCACAACCCUUGCCGCAGCCUGUGACCAACAAGUUUGCACCAGUGGCCGGACACUUCUUCUACCCCCUUAUGAAAAACUUUGACAGGAAGGAGAACACGUUUGAUCUUCUUGGCGAGGACACCCUUGUGCUGGGGAGACUGGUGUACAGUCUAGGCAUGAUCCUGUAUGCUGCCCUACAUGCUCCGGUAAGUGUGGUGCUAGGGAGACUGGUGUACAGUCUAGGCAUGAUCCUGGACGCUGCCCUACAUGCUCCGGUAAGUGUGGUGCUGGGGAGACUGGUGUACAGUCUAGGCAUGAUCCUGUACGCUGCCCUACAUGCUCCGGUAAGUGUGGUGCUAGGGAGACUGGUGUACAGUCUAGGCAUGAUCCUGUAUGCUGCCCUACAUGCUCCGGUAAGUGUGGUGCUAGGGAGACUGGUGUACAGUCUAGGCAUGAUCCUGUAUGCUGCCCUACAUGCUCCGGUAAGUGUGGUGCUGGGGAGACUGGUGUACAGUCUAGGCAUGAUCCUGUAUGCUGCCCUACAUGCUCCGGUAAGUGUGGUGCUAGGGAGACUGGUGUACAGUCUAGGCAUGAUCCUGUAUGCUGCCCUACAUGCUCCGGUAAGUGUGGUGCUAGGGAGACUGGUGUACAGUCUAGGCAUGAUCCUGUAUGCUGCCCUACAUGCUCCGGUAAGUGUUGUGUUGGGGGAGACUGGUGUACAGUCUAGGCAUGAUCCUGUAUGCUGCCCUACAUGCUCCGGUAAGUGUGGUGCUGGGGAGACUGGUGUACAGUCUAGGCAUGAUCCUGUAUGCUGCCCUACAUGCUCGGUAAGUGUGGUGCUAGGGAGACUGGUGUACAGUCUAGGCAUGAUCCUGUAUGCUGCCCUACAUGCUCCGGUAAGUGUGGUGCUAGGGAGACUGGUGUACAGUCUAGGCUGUAUGCUGAUCCUGGUGCUAGGGAGACUGGUGUACCCUGACAUGCUGCCCUACAUGGUAAGUGUGGUGCUAGGGAGACUGGUGUACAGUCUAGGCAUGAUCCUGUAUGCUGCCCUACAUGCUCCGGUAAGUGUGGUGCUGGGGAGACUGGUGUACAGUCUAGGCAUGAUCCUGUAUGCUGCCCUACAUGCUCCGGUAAGUGUGGUGCUAGGGAGACUGGUGUACAGUCUAGGCAUGAUCCUGUAUGCUGCCCUACAUGCUCCGUGUGGUGGAGACUGGUGUACAGGGAGACUGGUGUACAGUCUAGGCAUGAUCCUGUAUGCUGCCCUACAUGCUCCGGUAAGUGUUGUGUGGUUGGGGAGACUGGUGUACAGUCUAGGCAUGAUCCUGUAUGCUGCCCUACAUGCUCCGGUAAGUGUGGUGCUGGGGAGACUGGUGUACAGUCUAGGCAUGAUCCUGUAUGCUGCCCUACAUGCUCGUCUAGGCAUGAUCCUAUACGCUGCCCUACAUGCUCCGGUAAGUGUGGUGUUGGGGAGACUGGUGUACAGUCUAGGCAUGAUCCUGUACGCUGCCCUACAUGCUCCGGUAAGUGUGGUGAUGGGGAGACUGGUGUACAGUCUAGGCAUGAUCCUGUACGCUGCCCUACAUGCUCUGGCAAGUGGGCAGAUGGGCAGAUCUUUGCUGCAGUUCACCUGGAGCCUCAGGUUCCAUUCUGAUGUGUUUGUACGCCAAGCGGUGCUGUUUGCCACAUCAAUGAUCAUCCUGGUGGUUCCAUGUCACAGUCUAAUAUCAGACCUGCAGGUGGAGGUGACCGAGAUGAAACUGUGGCUGGAAGGGCUAAUGGACAGAGACCCUGACUCCGAGUGCCGAAAACUGGCACUCCAGGCCUUGGUGCUGCUGGGGAAUGUGGUCAAACAGGAGCUCCAUACCGAAUCAUGACUUACAAAUCUUCCCACAAGAGAUGAUCGCAGUAGAUGGUUGAUGAAGAAUGUCUCCCAGUUGCAUGCUGGACAAUCUCCUGGCAGUAGUAGUCGUCAGGACAAGAAGG